GGAAACAACAACUGUCGGCGCGAGACAAACUUUGCCAAACUUGUACUGGGACGACGGAAAGUUGGAAGUAGCGAAGUAUUUCGUUCGUACAGCAGUUUAUCCGCGUUUUUCUGAUUUUUGUUAGUUAUCACAAAUGCGGAAUUACUGAUGGAUUCGAGGUAUGACAUACCGCGGAGGGCCGCCGGUGGCGGCGGGGACUCCUCGAAUUCGUCCCCGGCUCUGGGGGCGCAGUCGCGCCGCAGGAAGAUGCCGCCUAGACCCGCUGAUUUUAAACUUCAAAUUAUCAUCAUUGGCUCCCGUGGGGUCGGUAAAACCAGCAUCAUGGAGAGAUUCACCGACGACACUUUCUGCGAAGCUUGCAAGUCGACCGUAGGAGUUGACUUCAAAAUCAAGACGGUGGAGCUGAGAGGGAAGAAGAUCAGACUACAGAUAUGGGACACCGCUGGUCAGGAGAGGUUCAACAGCAUCACAUCAGCCUACUACCGAGGCGCCAAGGGAAUAGUGCUGGUGUAUGACAUCACAAAGCAGGAGACCUUUGAAGACCUGCCCAAAUGGAUGAAAAUGAUUGACAAGUACGCCUCAGAGGAAGCAGAGCUUCUCCUGGUCGGCAACAAGCUGGACUGUGAGACUGAUCGUAUCAUCUCCAGGCAGCAGGGAGAGAGGUUUUGCUCUCGAAUAAGUGGAAUGCGCUUCUGCGAAGCGAGUGCCAAGGAUAAUUUCAACGUGGACGAGAUCUUCCUGAAGCUUGUGGAUGACAUCCUUAGCAAGAUGCCUCUGGAGGUUCCCAACAGUGAGCUUUCCAACAGCGUCCUGUCUCUGCAGCCCGAACCGGAAGUGCCUCCGGAGUUGUCACCUCCCCGCAUGCGCUGUUGCUGAGGGUCAGAGUGCUCCCCCAUCUCUCCCUGUCACACUGACACACACACACACACACACACAGACACACACAGAUAUGCAGAGUACCAGCCAGGCCACCAGGGGGAAGCAAAAAGCAGCCGUUUGGUGUCACUAAUUGUUGAUGUAGGAUGCAUGGACUCUCAACAAGCAGUAUUAUCCUCCCUUGUUCUUCUCCUGUUUCCUAACUGUUCACCAUGACAACAACCACACUAACCCUCAUCCUACCACCCCUUUUGUCCACCACCCUUGAGCCCGACUACCUCAUUCCUCGGACCGUCAGGCUGAAUAUGCCCCGCAGGUGCCUUCGAGGUAGACAGAGGUAGCAGUUGCAAAUUGUACGGGAUGGCUGAUUUAUGAGGUUCUUACAGCUUCCUGGUGAAUACUCAUCACAUAUACUGUACACUUAGUUCGCCAUUGUCCGAGUUGCCCCGGUGGUCUGGUAUUUCUGCAUCAUCCAGCUUACAGAAAAAGCGAUAACAAUAUCUUAUGUCUCCUCGGUUUAGUGUAGAUUCUGGUUCUCGGUACAGAAGUUUUAUAUUCUGACUGACGGGCGUUUUCUCCAAGUGAUAAGUGGACUUGAAGUAAACAAAAGCACAUGAUGUAAAUACGGUGUGUUGCUGUUAUGACUGGACAAGGUGCAGAUGUUUGCAGCCAGCAAUAGGUGGUUGUGUUGUGGUGGAUCAUAUUGCUUUGUAUCCCUUCUCCUUAAAGUGUUAAAGUGGCUGGAACGGCUCAUUUCACAAUUUGUAUACAUGUUUAUGUUUUGCACUACAAUCCAUCUCACCAAGUGAAGCCGACAUGCAGAAAACGUAAAGUAGAACAACAUGUGGUGAAGAUCAAUGAUGUCGCCAAGGGAGUGGCUGUUCUGAUCUCCCUGUUGAAGUGGGAUGGAGAUGCAAGGAGAGAUGGGUAAUGUAGUCUUUGAGCGAUUUGUGUUUUGAAAAAGGGCACAAUUUCCAUGUGUGUUUCUGGCUUAUAGAGGAAGUUUAAAUAGUGAGUAGCUGGUGGGCACACGCAUGGUUUUAGCCUUUUUUGGGGGGUUGUUACUAAUAUCACAAAUUUUGGCUACCUUUGUUUUGGGGGGGGUGGUGGUAUUUGAAGGACUCAGGAAACUUUGAUCGGCUCAUAUCUGCUCAUUUUGACAGAUUUCUAUUGUAAACUUGAUUUGAAUUUCAUAAAAUCUUGAUGGAGAAACAUCUUCAUAUAAAAUCUGUCUGGGACGAUGUGUUUCUGAAGGAUAAGAAGAAGUCCACAGAUUUAAAUAUCUGAUUUUGCAGUUUGUUACAGACCAGUGUGGGUGUUUCCCAGUACAUUUUUGAAAAAAAACACUGCGUUGCAUGUUAAGCCCUCCUGUGUUCAUCGUUAUUAAUCCAUUUAAUUCUUCCGUCUUGUUUUGGUAAAUUAAUGCAAGAUUGUACCACUGUUGGUUGUUCUGUUUUGUUUUUACAUGUUAAGUAGUGAGGACUCGAUCUAACACGACAUAAACAGACUUUGAUGAUUUUGUUUCUGUUUUAUGUUAAAGUCUGAGGACUUAAGCUGACACAUGAUGAAUAAUUGGAUUGUCCCUUGCCAAAACAAAUUGUCGUUCCUUUUGUCAAUGACAUCAAGCAUUACCUUUAAACAAACAACCAUACAACUUAUCUUCCAAAAUGUUAUCUUGUGUCUUGUAAUGACAAACUUCUUCUGACAUUGUUUUGUGUAGUGAAACCUUCAAUUGUCGCACUAACCCUUUGGUCUUUAUUUUAAUAGCCAAGCCUUGUUCUACUCAGUGUUAUAAAUAUACAUUUUAAGAAAUGUUUUUAUUUGAAAUACGUUGUCUUUUCAGAGGAAAGACUGUGCUUUGCAUUAAACCUGUUUAAGUCAUUGAAAAAGGUUUUGGCAUGUUUAAAGCAGAUUUGUGGUAUUUAUAACUUGUGGCAUUCUUGAACUAAUUAAAUGCAAUUAAAGAUAUCUAUAUUUAUUACCAUA